GAGAGCCUACACCUCAUCCUCACACCACGUCCGACGUAUACCAUCCUCCACAGCAACAUGACCGAUAGCGAAGCAACCCGGAAGACCAAGCUGACUAUCCUGCGCGACCGUCUUGAGGUCAAUGAUGGGCCAGGUGGCAAAUCUACCGCCUUCAUCAACAACGACAUCGUUCCCCUCGAGCCAGCUCGGCGGCUGUGGGGUCCAGUAUCUUUUGCUGGCUUCUGGCUCGUCUGCUCGGUCAAUAUCUCGAAUUGGACCAUGGGCUCCGCGCUGAUCUCACUUGGCCCCAAUGUGCGCCAGUGCGUGGCCGCCAUCAUCGUCGGGAAUAUCAUCGUUGGCAUAGGUGUUGUAUUGACUGGCGCGCCUGGUGCCAAAUGGCACAUCCCCUUUGCCGUGACCUGUCGCUCGACAUGGGGCAUGUGGGGCUCCUUCUUCCCUCUCGCCAAUCGCCAAAUCCUCAGCUUCACCUGGUCAGCCUGCCAGUCCUACUUUGGCGCUCGAUGCGUCCGUAUUCUUAUUGGCAGCAUGGUCCCAAGCUUCUACAAGUGGAGCCAGCCCCUCGCCGGCGGCACUCUGGACAGCGCCACGCUCGUCUCCUUCGUCAUCUUCGUGCUGCUGCAGAUGCCGCUCCUUCUCGUCCGGCCGCAGCACUAUCGCAAUCCUUUUCUCUACUUCAGCGGAGCAGUCUCACUGCUUUGCGUCGUGAUGCUGACCUGGGCGAUGGCCAAGGCGGGCGGCGCAGGAGCGCUUGUGCGCGACAGCUCCGCCAUCUCUGGCGUGACGCAGGUGCAUGGGACAAAGCUUUCCUGGGCAAUGCUCUACGCCGUCAACACGGUGAUUGGGUCCAUCUGCGCAGGUAUGCUGAAUCAGAGCGAUUACUCGCGAUAUGCGCGCAAGCCUUACGACCAGGUCUGGGCACAGGCACUUGCUAUCCCGCUCUCGAGGACCUUCUGCGGUACCAUUGGAAUCAUUGUGACGUCGUGUGCGGCACAGUGGUGGCCGGACAAGGGACUCCUCUGGAUGCCGCCUGACCUCCUCGAGCAGAUUCAGGCCAACGACAAUGUCGGCAAGACCCGCCUGGCCGUCUUCCUUGCAGCGUUGGUGUUCUUGAGCUCGCAGCUUGGCAUCAAUGUGGCCGACAACUUGACGGCUUCCGGAAUCGAUCUAGCCUCCAUGUUCCCACGCUGGAUGACAAUUCGUCGCGGCGCCUACUUCACGGCCUUGGUCUCUGUGCUCAUUCAGCCCUGGCAGCUACUCAACGGCAGCUCCGUCUAUCUGUCCGUCAUGGGAUCCUACGGAGUGUUUCUAGGCCCGUUGACUGGCUUGCUCAUCGCUGACUACCAUGUAGUGAGGCAAAGGAAGCUCAAGCUCUCCCACCUCUACGAAGCUACGCCGGAGACGACGUAUUCGUUCUUCUGUGGAUUCAAUCCACGAGCCCUCUUGGCUUGGGUACUCGGCGUCUUGCCCGCCUUCCCAGGCUUCGUGCAUAACGUCUCGCAUAAGGGCGACUUUACGAACUACAACGUCGGCUGGUCGAGGCUGUUCCACUUCUGUUGGCUAAUCGGUCUGACCAUCAGCGCCUUCGUGUUUACCGCUCUCUGCUACGUUUGGCCGCCGCAGGGUCUCGGGCAUGUGGACGACUACGACGUCUUUGGGACUUUCGGACAGGCAGAGGCAGCCCGUGGGUCGGGUGAGAAGGAGUCGCCAGACGAGAAAGGCGCCAAGGAAGGGUCGCAGCAGGUCACUGUUGUUGAGCUUGUCUGAGAAGCUCGAUGCUGUCGUGUGCUUGCCUAUUCUUGAUCGCGCCUGGCCGCCCCUUACCUCCUUUAUGAUGCCGAUGCAUGCUCGAUGG